AUGGAAACUCUUCAACCAUCUUCUCCAGGGGCUGUGGCGAGCGAGCGAUUGGAAAACCCUGUACGAAGGGCAGAGCCUUCUCAUCAAGGGACGCAAACUUUUAUGGACUCUCCUCCAUCAACUCUUUCCCUGGAUGAGUCGCUGUUGUGCAACACUGAGAACGCCGCAGAGUCCAUCAUCGUACUAGACGAUGACGACGAGCAAGCUCAAGCUACAACAUCGCGGCCGCGGCGCGCAAAUAGAAGGCAGCUGGACUAUAGCUACCCAGAUUAUGAACAUCUGAUGAACGCCGUUGCCGCACGUAAUCCUUCACGCAAACGGAAGAGGCAGAAAGAUUCUGAUGCCCUGUCACUCGAAUCUAUAUUGGAUCAAUUUUCACAAGAUGUUCGAGAUCAAGGUCAAGCGUGGAUCAGCGAGAUUAAGGAUCUUCGAUUUGCGCUAAAGAUUGUAUACGAGCAAAAAGAAGACCUUAAAGAGAAACUACGUAGGUUAGAAGAUAAAUUACAUGCGUCAGAGUAG